GAGGGUCAUACCUGUGUGCCGGCCAGGCAGGGGCUCCCGACCCCUCCACAGGGAACUAGUUUGGGGCCAGCCCCAAUUUCCCCCUUAUCCACCCCCCAGUAGGCUCCUGGCCUCCAUGGUCACUGGACAGCCCCCCUUGAGUCACCAUGGAGAAGUCUGAAGCCAUAGGGGACGAAAUGUGGCCUGGCAGGGCCCCGGAUCCCAGGGAGCGCGCAGACACCCCGGCCCCGCUGCCCGAUCCCACCGGGAAGAAGCGGAAGCAGCAAGUGACCCCAGGGGAGGAGCCGCGGAUCCCACAGCCGCUGGAGGACAAGGGCCCCCGCCACAAGCGCGUCAAGCCGGUGCUGUCGUCCGGGCCCCCGCCCAAGGGCACCCCCCUGCAGCGGCUCAGCCAGUCCAUCCAGCGGUCGAUGAGUUUCCGUCCGGAGAGCUCCCGCCUGUUUGGCCUCAGCCGUCGGGGCAGCGGCAUGGGCCCCGGACCGUCCGGACCAAGCCGGAGGCCCCGCGGGGGCAGCUGCCGCCUCUGGACCGAGACCUUCCAGCGUCCCGCCCCGGAACCCCUCUGCGACCGAGAAGUCAGGAGGCAGGAGGUGAUCUUUGAACUGACGACUGGAGAGCAGCAGCUGGUGAAAGACCUGACCCUGGUGAAAAAGAACUACUACGAGCCCAUGCAGACCCUGGCCAUCUUGUCGGAGACGGAGCUCCAGCAGAUCUUCGGCACACUGGACGAUCUGAUUCCCCUCCACCAAGACUUGCUGAGCCAGCUCCAGCGUGCGCGGCAGGAGGACGGGACGGUGUCUGAAGCCGGACGGAUUCUGCUCGGCUGGCUUCCCGGCCUGCGAGCCUACAGCUCCUACUGCUGCAAUCAGGUAGCGGCCAAGGUGCUACUGGACCACAAGAAGCGGGCCCGGCCGGUGGGCAACUUCCUGCGGCUCUGCCAGGAGUCCAACUUCAGCCGUCGCCUCGACCUCUGGAACUUCCUGGACCUGCCCCGCAGUCGCUUGGUCAAGUACCCGCUGCUGCUGCGGGAGCUGCUCCGUCACACGGCGGCCGAACACCCUGACUGGGCCCCUCUGCAGGAAGCGAUGACGCUGUCGCAGGAUAUCGUGGGCACCAUCAACCGGAAGACGGGAGAGGCCGAAUGUGGCUACUACCGGCAGCGGCUCGUCUACCCGGAUGAGGCCCAGCGGGCUCCGGGCAUCUCCCGCUCCCGCCUGCUGCACUGUCACGGGGAGCUGCGCAACAACAAGGGGCAGAGGCUGCACGUGUUUCUGUUCGAAGAGGCGCUGGUGGUGACGAGGCUGGUGACCCACGAGGAGCAGACCGGGUUCCAGGUGUACCGGCAGCCCCUGCCCCUGGACCAGCUGAUCUUGGACGACCUUCCCGACGGGGAGGCCCGGCUCAGGACGUCCAUCCGCGGGGCCUUCGCCCCGGGCGGCGAGAGAGCCAAGAACGCGUUCCGGGUGCGUUUCCGGGAGCCGGCCCUGGGCCAGGCCCACACGCUGCAGGCCGACGACGCCUUCAACAAGCAGCAGUGGCUGUCCUGCAUUCGCCAGGCCGUGGACGGCCGCCCCGGGCGAGCCCCGGCCUCGCCCCCCGGGCCCGAGGCCGCCGACUGCUCCCUCGCCCCCCUGGCCCGGCUCAGCCUGGGCAGCCGCCGGGCCCCCUCGCCCAUGGACGUCAGUUAGGGGCCGGGGGGGUGCCCGCGGCGGCGACGGACUGGUAUUUAUAGGGCUGCGGGGCGGCCCUGCUCAAG